GGCAGACAGCGCGCUUUAGCCCGCCGGGCAGUUCAGAAGGAACCCAUGUUUCUGCAGAAGCUGCAGCAGGUCGGCUUGGCCGUCCCGGCGGGAGCUAUCGAGCAGACGUUUCGGCAGUGGGACGGGCGCUCUCCACUCGGCAGCCACCUACUGAAGCGCAUCGUCUAGGCGGGCCACCUGCUGCCGAGGGCACCUACCGCCUCCCGCUGCUUGCGGAGCCACCAAGCCCUGUGUCUAGGUCGUUUGGGAAGCGCCUUGGAGAGUCAAGAAUAAAAUUGCAGGUCAAACAAUGGAUGACUGGAAAAGUCGGCUUGUAAUCAAGAGCAUGCUUCCCCAUUUCACCGUGGUGGGAAAUCGUCAGGAGCCCAGAAAGCUCCAGGAAUCGCCACAGGGAACCCUUAAGAGGAGACAGGAAGGAGACAACUUCCAGUUUCCAGGCAUGGCUGACGGGGGUUACCCUAAUAAAAUCAAGAGGCCUUGCCUUGAGGACGUCACCCUUUCUAUGGGCCCUGGUGCCCACCCCAGCACACCGUGUGCAGAGCUGCAGGUCGCUCCGUUACCAGUGAACCCUAGCCCUGCAGCUAUGGGAGUAGCUGGCCAUCCGUUACUACUCGAGAAUAAUCCCGUGAACGGCAACGUGAUGGGCACACCGUUUGUGGUACCACCGAAUGCAGAAUUGGGGCUAAAAGGGCCCACUGUCCCUUACUAUGACAAAACCAACAGCAUGCCAGCUGUGGACCAGGAACUUCAAGAUCUGCUGGAGGAGCUAACAAAGAUUCAGGAACCUUCUCCGAGUGAGCUCGAUCUUGAGAAGAUACUGGGGAGCAAGCCGGAAGAACCGCUGGUCUUGGAUCACCCUCAGGCGGGCCUCGGCACAGCUCCCAAGCCUUCGGCUCAGAUGCCGCACUUGGAGAGCCUUGCUUCCGGCAAAGAGUUUGCUUCCAGUUGCAGCCAGGUCCCUGGCGUGUCACUUCAAAUCCCGCCCUCCUCUGCAGGGGUCAGCUAUGCGAUUCCCUCCACCAGUAAGCAGCUCGUCUCACCUAGUUCUUCCACAGCACAGGCCAAGAACCAGGUCCAGGCGAUGCUCCCUGUCGCUUUGCCCCCACUUCCGGUGCCUCAGUGGCAUCAUGCCCACCAGCUGAAGGUGUUGGCGGCCAGCAAGCAGGGAUCUGCUACAAAGCAGCCAGGGCCCACUCCCAGUUGGUCUGGCCUGCCUCCUACAGGCCUCUCCCCACCUUACCGCCCAGUGCCAUCGCCACACCCGCCACCACCAUUCAGCCCUCAGAGCCUCAUGGUAUCCUGCAUGUCGUCCAGCAACCUGCCAGGGAGCACUCUCCAAGGCUCUCCCAAUGCCUUACUCUCGAGCAUGGUGUCUGGCAGCAGUGCUGCCCUUGGGCCCGCCAUGCCCUAUGCUCCCGAGAAGCUCCCCAGCCCAGCUCUCAGUCAGCAGCCACAGUUCAGCCCGCAGAACUCCAUUCUUGCCAACCUGGUGUCCUCUACCAUUAAAAAUCCUCAAGGACACCUGAUGUCUGCUCUGCCCACCAGCAACCCUGGGCCGUCCCCCCCUUACCGCCCGGAGAAGCUGUCCAGCCCAGGCUUGCCGCAGCAGUCCUUCACGCCACAGUGCUCCCUGCUCCGGAGCCUCACGCCCGCCAGUAACCCACUCAGCCAGCAGCAGCAGCAGCAGCAGCAGCAGCAGCAGCAGCAGCAGCAAGCAAAUGCCGUCUUCAAGCCCAUGGUCACCAACUCACCCAAAACUCUGAGCAUGAUCAUGCAGCAGGGGCUGGCCAGCCCCAGCCCGGGAGCCCCGGAGCCAUUUAGUUUUGGCAACACCAAGCCUUUGUCACAUUUCAUUGCUGAGCCUGGCCCCCAGAAACUGCCCUCCAUGCCUGCCACCUCUAGGCAGCCUUCCCUGCUCCACUACCUGCAGCAGCCGACGCCAGCACAGGCCUCUUCUGCCACUGCCUCCUCCACCGCCACCGCCAGCUUGCAGCUGCCGCCGCAGCAGCCCGACCACUCUGCGUUCCUCCUGCAGCAGAUGAUGCAGCAGCCCCAGCGCUUUCCGCGAUCAGGAGCCUCGGACUCCAUGCCUUCUCUGCCCAGACAGCAAGAGAAACAGAGAUCAGGUCUUAUGGCAAUGACCCCUGAACAGCGGAGUACAUGUGUCGCCCAACAGAUGAGUCAGUUUCAAGCCGUCCAAGAGCAAGUCACCUCCAAGUGUAGCCGGACCAAGGCAAGCCCCCCAUCCAGCCAGCACAUGAUGCCACCCAGAGCUGGGCUCCUUCAGAACCCUCUGAGUCCAGGAAUGACCCCACCCACCAGGCACCAGAGCCGUGAGGGCAUGGGCAUGAUCCCACCGACGCCAGGCAAGCAGCAAGGAAUUUUCAGCUCCCGCCCCCCAUUUCCCAUACCCCCCCGCUCAGCCCAGAACCCCCUGGGCAGCCUCAACUCUGUCUGCCGGCGUAUGCAGAUUCCCAGGGCCACUCCCUCAGGAGUACCCCUGCCUGGGUUCUGUCCCAGCCCCCUGGGCAGCCAGCCCCUGAGUCCCCACCAGCUCAGACAGCCCUGUGUGCCAAGAAUGUCCACCAUGUUCAACAAUGCUGCAUGGGCGGCGGCGGCAGUAGCGGCUGCGACCACAGCGAGCUCUAGGGAACCAGCCCCAAGCCAAGUAGAUAAUAGCAUCCAGCAGCAUUUUGAUAGCAACUCAAUGUUCGCCAAGGCACCCGUGAGAGUGCCCCUGGUGGCCCCAGCCUUUCCAUCGCAGCAGGCAGUUGUGCCCCCCAAUCAGGUAGCCCCAGGAGGCAGGCCUGGCCAGAAGGUGAGUGCCACCCUGGCCAACCCCAACUUCAGCCUGCUGGGCAGCCAGAGCCUCAGACAGAGCCCAGUGCGGGGUCCCGUGCCUGUGCUGAACGCCACCAAGUCCCUCCAGCAGGGUAUGGCCAGCUUUGGUCCCAUGAGUCCCAUACAGGGCAUUGAGCCGCCAAGCUAUGUGGCCGCCGCCGCCGCUGCUGCUGCUGCCUCUGCCAUUGCUGCCAGCCAGUCCCCAGGCCCAUUUAACAGGAUGGGUACCCCUCCUGAGCUGCCACCCUACGACUUUUUGCCCCAGCCCCAGCCCCCACUGAACGAUCUGAUUUCCCCACCUGACUGCAGUGAGGUGGACUUCAUUGAAGCUCUCUUGAAAGGCCCCAGCGCAAGCCCAGAUGAAGACUGGGUGUGCGACCUGAGGCUGAUCGAUGACAUUUUGGAACAGCAUGCUGCUGCCCAAAAUGCCGCAGCCCGGAAUGCGGGCCAAGUCACCCAGAAUGCUGUGGAGCUUUAAACACCCCUAGAAACCCCCACGCCGGCAUCACUCUAGGCAGCCGCGUGAAGCCACAGCAAGUUCACUGCUGGCCUCACAGCCACGCAGUCGUUUCCUUGUUAUAAUUCGAGUGGCAUCAGCCCAUGCCCAUCCCUCGCUCUACCUGUGACAAAAUGGAAAGCUGGUGAUUUUUCAAGCUACCUGUACAUAUUUGAAAAUUUUGUAAAUGGUUUUCCUAAACAUUAAUGACAGAAGUAUUUAUACUUCGUUUUGUGACUUUGUAAAUAAAGUGACGGCUUUCGUUUCAGUAGUUGUGUUUAUUCCGCAUUGUUUGUGUUUAUUCUACAUUGUUGCAAAUACGCAGACUGUGCUGUUCGCUCCAGUGACACCUUAUAAGCCAGGUAGCCGAGUCGCUGAUGGUAUUGCUGCAGUGAGAGAUGUGGAUAUGACCAGGAGGUGUUGUGCAGACUGACACAUGCCAAACAGAAAACCACUUGGCCAUUUAUUUCCAUUUUCACAAAAAGUUCUGUCGCCUUGUGUGAUUCUUAGUCUCCUUUGCAAACCUGUCGGUCUCCGCUAGCUCCCUCCUGAUGAGCACCACAGCAGAAGCCGUUUGGUCGUCAGUGUCCGCGGAGGACACUUGCAGGGCUGAGAGAGUUCUGUAGGUUUAGGAACAGGGAAGAGAGCGUGUGAGCUGAGCACUGUCUUUACCGUCCACCUCGAGAAUCUCGCGUGUCCUCCCUGUAUCAUCCAGACGGAGAGAAAACCUGGGUUUGCACUUCUCCAGCGGCACCUUUGCAGGGUGGAGGUGGGACGGUCAUGGUUCGAAGCCUUUCAGUAUUUGUUUUGAUGUAAGGCUCUGUGGUUUGGGGGAAGAAAAGUCUGUAAACAUUAAUAGUUGAUUUGCGGUUUGUCUUGAUGGUUUCUAUCUGCAAUUACCGUCAUGUAUAUUUAAGUGUCUGUUAUAGAAAACCCACCUCCACUGUCCUGUAAACUUUUCUCAGUGUCCAGACUCUGUGUAAUCACAUUUUAAUUGCCAUCUUGUAUUUCGCCUCUACAUUUGAAAUCUGGCGUUUGUUUCCAGCCAGUGCGUUUUUUCUUCGUUCUGUAAUAAAC